CACAUGGUUUGUGUUUGCAAGCUGAGGCGAGAGGGAAACUUCCUUCCACACAAAACUUUGGGACGUCUCAGCCCGCGUUGACCACACGGCCGGUUAUGGAAAUCCCUGCCAUCAAUCUUAAGGCCAUCGUGGUGGUGCACUGGCUGCUUACCAUUUGGGGGUGCAUGGCCUGGCUUCCCUCCUCCUUCGCCUGGAGCAACUUCAGCGUGCUGGCCGUCGGCGUGUGGGCCAUCGCUCACAGGGACUCCAUCGACGCCGUGCUCAUGUUUCUGAUCAGCAUGGCCGUCACCAUCCUGACGGACAUCAUCCACUUCGGCAUCUACUACUCCCUGAGCGACUUGGCCACGGAGAAAGGCCGCGACGUGUUCCGCUUCAGCGCCGGCAUGGCCAUCCUCAGCCUGCUGCUCAAGCCCGCCUCCUGCUUCUUCGUCUACCAGAUGUACCGCGAGCGAGGGGGCGACUACAACGUCAACUUUGGUUUCCCCUCCUUGAGCCGAAACAGAGAGUCCUACCAGUCCAUCGACCAGCAGGACCAGCCCAGCGAACAAGACAAGCCCUUCAACCAGGCGCAGGACAGCAAGGCAGCCCGUGCUUACUAACACUGACGCACUAACCUUCACCUCGGACCUUUGACACAGCAGGACGUCACAUCUCAGAGAUUUUUUUUUUUUUUAGCAGAUUCGCUUUUCUGGCACACUUUCGAUGUAUUAUUUUGUGUUUUUGUAUUCCCCUUUCAAACGUGGCACUUCAGGAUUCUCUCUCUUUUGAACUUCCCUUGUUUCAAACACGUUCCGUCUGCUCUCAGGUGACAGUUUAUUAGGUACACCCGGAUAAACACGAUCAUAAUAACCACUCCGCGGCAAUAAAGCAUCCUUUUUUUUAGCACCA